AGGACCAGCAGCGAAGUCGUGUGGAGGGUACUUUGAUGGAUCCACAGCAGCAGCAACAACAACACCAGCAACUUCAGCAGCAGCUUCAACAGCAGCAGCAGCAGCAGCAGCAGCAGCAGCAGCAGCAGCAGCAGCAGCAGCAGCAGCAGCAGCAGCAGCAGCAGCAGCAGCAGCAGCAGCAGCAGCAGCAGCAGCAGCAGCAGCAGCAGCAGCAGCAACAGCAGCAGCAGUUCCAACAGAAGCUCGCCCAGGGCGGCCUUGGGAGUGCUCAGCAGCCGCCUGCCAAACAACAACCAGGACCUCCUAGCAUGCGUCCCCCGGGGCCCCACGGACCCAACGGGACAGGGCAGCAUGGUCCGCCCAGCCCCUUCGGUUCCAGCAGCCCUCAGGGGCCCUUAAGACAGCCUGAACCAUUUGGACAUCAUGGUCCUAACAGUCCGUCUGGCCCUCAUCACACGCGGCCUCAGGGACCACCAGGGCCCGGCCCUCAUGGUCCCUUUCCUCCUCGUGGACCUGGCAUGCAUAACGGGCCACUUGGACACGCUGCCGGGCCAAACGGCUCUAAAGUUCACUCUCCGAUGAGGCCGCAUGGUGGUCCUGCUGGCUCUGCCGUGGCCCCAAACACUUCUCCCUCACUUAGUUCUCCACAACCCCAGCCCGGGGAGGGGCUGCGUUCCAAGGAGGACUCUAUCAGUCCUCCCGCAGGUAGCCAUCAAGGAGCCUCGGCCAGUGAGGCUGGGUCUUCGACCUCUUCGAGAGCGGCUCCCCAACAGUCGGCUGAGGCGGACAGGGGAAUGUUCGGACCUCAGGCAGAUCUCCGGCCGGGCCAACCGGGGCUCCCUUCUCAGCAGGAUAGGAUGCAGCAGCAGAACCAGCUGGGUACUGAUCAAGCUGAGUCUCUUUCAAAACUCUCCAUCGCUGAGAGUCGGUCCUCGGAAGUCCAUAAGUCAUCGCCACCGUCGAAGGAGGUAACUACCCUUAGCCAUGCUUCAUCCAGCUCCUCUUCCGGCGAUGCAAAGACUCAUAUGCCCUCAGGGGCGGCCGUAAAGCCUCCAACCACUGACAGUGGAAAUGACUCACAUGCCAGAGUAGGGAAGGUAGCGUCACCCACCUCCCCCGAGAGUAUCACUAAGAGUCCCGAUGAUGCCGAGCGGACGGAGGAGGAGGAAAAGAGUUACGAGGUCACAGACGACGAUGUGAAGCGAUACUUAGCUUUCCUGAACAAGCCGUCUGAUGACGCUCCGGUGCUUGUGUUGAAUGGGGAGAAGAGUGACAAGUGCAAAGAAGAGGAAUCCGCCAAGAGGGAAGAGAAGUCAGUAGUAGAGCAGGGCGGGAGGAGUGAGGAGGGUGAGGAGGAGGAAGGACAAGACAGCGAGGAAGAGCCGGACUCUCCUGGACUGUUGACCGCCAUGACCUUCUACGAUCACUCUCCCGGGGAGGUGUACACCAUUCAUGAGGACGAAGAGGAGGCCAGUUCCCCGACUGCCUCCGACGGAGUCUCAAGGCCACGCAGGAAAGGGGCGGCCAUGGGUCUGGGACCUAUCCCAGGGGGCCUGGAUGCUCGAAGGGGUCAGCUGCGGUCACAAGUGUCCUUGGAAGGUCACUUGCACAGCACCGGCUUGAUGCGGGGCACAGCUGACGGCCAGGACACUCGGGGGCCGACCACGAUGGGCACCCACACCAACGCCACCCAGAGUGUCGCCUCCACAACGAGCGGUCGCCCUCCUGUAGGUGGGGUCAAGCUCCCUGGCAUGGCUGAGCUGCAGACCACUACCCAGCCUUCGUCUGUACAUUCCGGCCUUCAGUCAGGGCCUCAGACACAGCAGCAGCAGCAACAACAACAGCAGCAGCUACAACAACACCAGCUGCACAUGGGGCAGCAAGCUCCGAACGCUCAAGAUGGCACGAUGGGCGGCGUGACCAGCGGCCUGGGCGGGGGGCUGAGCGGCGGGCUGACUGGCACCACCAACACCACCACGCAUACGCAUACCACGACAUCUCAGGACCCGAUGUCACGGCUCCACGGCCAGGUGACCUCCCAGAACACCACCCUUGACUCGCACAUGAACAGCCACAUGAGCACCUCCGCCAUGAACCAGACCAACACCCAGAUGAGUCACAUGCAUGACCAGGGCAUGCAGAACACCCUUCAGUCCCAGAGCAGCCAGUACAUGAACCACCAGAUGGGGCCCCAGCACGAGAUGGACAUGCAGACAGGCGCUUAUCAGAACAAGGUGCAGCAGGGUGGCCAGAUGCAGGCUAAUCAGAUGGGAAUGGACAUGCAGGCCCAGCAGAACAGCGUCGGAGGCCCGCACAUGACCCAGAUGGGGAACCACGUGCCCCCGGGAAUGUCCGCACAAACCAAUAACCCGAGCCUCGCCACCUCCAUCGCCCAGCGGAUAGCUAACCCGACCAGCCAGAUGAACCACGUGGGGCAAAUGAACCAAAUGAACCAAAUGCAGAAUGCCAUGAGUGGCGCCAAAGAAAUAAAGGGACUGAGUAGCCUAUUACACAGCCCCCUCGGCAGGCAUCAGCAGCAGACCCAGAACCAACAGCAGCACCAACAGCAGCAUCAACAGCAGCAGAACACCUCCACAGCCUCGUCGGCGCUCAGUGGCCUCAGCAGCCUCUUCGGCCUCCAGAAGAAUCGUCCAGCCGGAGGCCUCAUAGGGGAUCUGUUUAAAGGAAAAGGAGAUGGAGGCAGUCAUCAACACCCUCCACACCAGCAACAGCAGCAGCCGCCCUACUCGCAGCAUCAGCAACUGCCACAGCAGCAGCAGCAGCAGCCAUACCAGCAAACCUUACAGCAGCAGAACCUUCAGCAGCCAGGAAUGCCGGGUCAGCAGCAACAGCAGCCACAGCAACAACCUGGAAUGCCGGGUCUCCAACAACAGCCUUUUCAGCAGCAGCCAAUGCAGCAAAACCUACAACAACAAAACUUCCAACAGAACCAGAAUCUGCAGCAACAAAACCUCCAACAACAUAAUCUACAACAGCAAAACCUGCAGCAGCAACAAAACGUGCAGCAGCAGACCCUCCAGCAGCAACAGAAUAUGCAACAACAACAAAACCUGCAACAACAAAACCUACAACAGCAAAACUUUCAACAACAACAAAACAUUCAGGACAUGCAGCAGCAAAACCUCCAGCAGCAACACACCAUUCAGCAGCAGCAACAACUUCAACAACAACAGCAACAACAAUUACAACAGCAACAACUCCAGCAACAACAGCAGCAGCAGCAGCAGCAGCAGCAACAACAGAAGCUGGGCAUACUGUCGGGGAUGAAAGGGGACCAGUUUGCGACGGCCUACACCGGCAUCUCGCCCCCGUCGCGGCCUCUCUCCCGCGAGGAUCUGUACGGCCAGCAGCACCAGGGCAUGGCAGACGGCCUCCUGCAGGGACCCAACAUGAUGCUCAACAGGCCGGCGCCACACUCACCCACCGACCUGCGAGGCGGCGUUAUGGUCACCACCUCAGGGAUGGUCAAGAGCCUGGACAGACCACGCCAGACCUCGCUGUUUGGUAUCAAGAAAAAUAAGUCGCUUAGGCCAGACUUAGGAGAAACUUGGCCCUCCAUUGUAGAUCUGUCGCCAAUAAUGGAUGUAUCUCCCUCUGUGGAGGCGGCCGAGCAGGAGACCAAUGGCAGGAAGGACGCCAAGGGCUCCCCCAACGUGGCAGGAGCCGGCCAGCAGAAGAGCUCCAUCAGCGGCAUGCUCUCAGACUUCACCCGCGCCCUAGGUCUCGGUGGAAACUCACCGAAGGAGGAACACAAGGGCAACAUCGCCACUUCUCAACAUCAACAGCAGCAGCUCCUCACUUCUCAAGCUCAGUCGCAGGCUCAGCUCAUGAGCACUCAGGGGACAACGAUCAACUCGCAAGGUCAGCUGGUUAACUCACAGGGCCAAGUGGUGGGCCCGCAACAGGUUUCCGCCGGCCAGACCAUCACACAAAUGGGCAACCACGUGGUCCCCAGCGUGCAGCAGUCCAUGGUGGGCGGGCAGCUCGUGCAGAACCCGGCCGUGGUGGUCAGUGCUGGCCAAAUGGGAAACCAGUCUCUACCCUUCCAGCAGAUGACGCCAGCGCAGCAGUUGCAAUUACAGCAGAUGCAGCUGCAGCAUCAAGCACAACACUUGAAGAAAAUGCGACGUCAGGACCAAGCCGCUGCCCUACAGCAGCAGCUGCUUACGCAGGGCAAAGUUUCCCCUACACCACUGAGAAAAGACACUUCGGGUGGCGUGGCCAGCCUGCAGCAGCUCCAAAACCUGCAGCAGCAGCAGCAACUUGCCGGCAAGAUCGUGGGGCGGGUGACCACCAGCCUGCCCACGGCCGCCCUCCUGCAGCAGUCGACCAUCGCCACCAGCGACAGCAAGCCGCGAGUACUCGUCAUGCCCGGCCAGAACAUCGCCCCCACUGAGUCGCCGCUCACGUCGCUCCAGAGGCGCAUAGGCAAGCCAGACGCUGGGGCGCUGCUCCGCUCCUCCACGGACCAGCAGUUGGCCUCGCCGGAGGAGUUCAGCAUGGCCAACGUGAACGCCCAGCUCGCCCUGCUGACGGGGACUCCCAGCACUCCCGCGGGGACUCCGAGGGGGCUCCGUGACGAUUCCUCGGACACCAUGAGCGAGACGGACAGCCAGAAGAGCUUGCGGGUGCGCCGGAAGCUGCCGCACCUGCCACCGGACCAGGAGGCGGCGCCGCUUCCCUCCCAUAAAAAGAAUGCUUUCGGACUCAACGCCAAAGACCGAGUCAGGUCGCAGCUGGCUCGUCAGUCAUCCCUGGACGGGACAGUGAGCACCGCGGGCAGGAUUGGCGGCCCCCUCGGUUUGACUAGACCCUCUUCCAGCAUGACCAACUUGGCCAACAUUUCCAAAAUGCCGGAUAUCAACCUGCCUACGCGGCCAGGCUCGGCCCUUGGUAUUCCAGGUCACCCCGGGACUGGGCUGCGCGGCUCCUCCCUCAGCUCCGGGCCGCAGCUCAAGACGGGCCUCCCCCCCAGCAUAGCGCAGUGUCUCCCGCCAGACCUGCACCACCUCAUCUACACCAACACCGCCCCGCCCUCCUUGGGAGACAACUACGGCUCACAGCUCCCUGAAUACAUGCAGAACCUGAAGGACCAGCUGCAGGAGGAACUAAAGUCGACUACCACCGACCGGAGGGCCAUGCUGGAGGCGGAGCUUCUGCGGCUGCAAGAGGAACGCCGCCGCGCACUCAUCGAGAAGGACAAGGAGAGGGACGGUCGUUUGCGCCGCGAGCUGGACCGCCUCGCCUCCUCCAGCUAUUCUGGAUCACUGUCGCUCAAACAAAGAAUGGAAAUACAACGUCGCCUGGGUAUGACUUCUGGCACGAGCAAUACUACCGGAUCAGCCAACUCCUCGCCUAGGAACCACCGACGAAAGGGCCACCGACGACAAAUGUCGGAUCCCAGGAUUAGCUCCUAUGUCUCCCCCAUUAAGGAGGACAGGGACGUGGAGAAUGAGCUGGAGCGAUCCCUCUACGGCGCGGCCCUCCGAGACACCGCCAUCAACUACAUGGAUGACGAUGACCUCUUGGCAGCCAGACUACUAAGCAUGGGCAGGAGCACGGGAAGGCGCAGCUCGGAGAGCGGGCUCCCCUCAGACCUGUGGGGCCGCAGCUCCACCCCGGGCUCCACCCUCACCGACCCUGGGAUUUAUGGCUCCUCUCGCCAAAAGCCGAUCAGAAAGCCUCGCAAGCCUCGCUCCUGGCACCCCUCGCCCUAUGCCUCGGAUGACGAGGAUGACCUCUUGUCGCGGGAAGAGAAGAAGCAGAAGAUCAAGGCAGAGAUCUCACGCAGGAGGCAGCAAAUAGAACAGAAUUCACGCUUGCACGAAGAACUAAUUCGCCUGGCGAGGCUGCGCGAGAAUGCCGAAUUGGGCUACUCAGACCCCAGAGCCUACGGGCCUUAUGACCAAAGUCCGCCGCAAUCCGCUCGCGACUCCACCACCAGUGUCUUACGGUCUAUCGAUGAAAUCCUGAGGGACGCCCGAGAUCCCUCAUCCGGGUAUUACAGCGGCUACUCUCCGUACAAAGCUGGAGGGUCACCACCCAACCGGUACGGCAGUUCGCCCGGGGCCAGGACGUCACCGCGCCAUUAUUAUGGUUCACGAGGUCCCUCUCCCUCCCACUAUCCGAUGACGGAGGAGGAUAGAUCCAUGGCUCGCCUCGCUUCCACCUUCCAGAGUGAAGAUUUCACGGGCGCUCUAUACGAGCGGCUCUCUGACUUUUCGCCCCUCACGGCCGACAGCCUGAGCGACACCAUGAGUGACUUCACCCCGGCCAUGCCACUGCUGCCCGACAUGCCGACACGCUCGCGAAAGUUGCUAGAGGAUCUAGGAAGCUCACCAAUCACUAGUCAGACCCACAGAGGCAAGUAUGAUUUACAGAGACGGUACCGGAAGUAAGUGGUGUUGUGUGUUGUGGUUCUCGUGUUGAGGUGUUGGUUGGUUGGUGUCUCUCAACAACUGUCGUAAGCUAGAACUGUCCCACUAAAUCGAGCAGUAUAUCCAUGAAAACAAAAUCAAAUCUGGUUGCAAGAUAACAGUAUAUAUCAUUAUAUCCGCACAUCUUAUGUGAUACAAAUAGGGGACAAAUCUAGUGCAUUUAAGUAUAAAAUACGGAUAAUGCUAAGUACCUCCGGUUGCCUAGGUUAAGUGUAUUGUACCACGAGGCUGGUUCAGUGUCAUUUUUCCCUGAGGAUAUUUGGAACUCUAUCUGUGGCCUGUAACUUGACGAUAAGCAUAAUCCACACAAACACUUCAAGUCGCUCAUCCACAGCGAGUCGAGCAGCGUCCCGCCCGCCUCCCCGGCCUCCAGGCGGCGGGGGCGGCUGCGUGUGGCGGCGACGACUUUGACCAUAAGUGUAACUCGCCACGUUCUACCUUGCUCUCCUCCCUCAGUUAUUGUGCCUUAUGUCCGUACUUACUCGAACAAUUCGUUUAAGCAUUUGAUAACACUUUAUUGAAGGUUGAAUUCCUAAUGAUUUCCGACCCUCUUCUUCUUAGUGGUGACGGACCAUCUUGAUUGCUUCACCUUUAUGUUUUAGGUAUGAGUAGAGUUACAACAUAAAGCUUACCACUAAAUCACUAUACUGAAUAAUUUGUUCCAAAACAUAUCGAACUCGAUUCGUCGAAUGAAGAACUGCCAUUCAUGUCCACUAAAGUUGGUUGCCUAAGUCUGUCUCCCAAUAAGGAACCCCAUCACUUGCGUCCCCUUGCUGUCUGAUGGCAUCCUCUUCCCGCGAUACCAUCCAAGCCGAGAGUCCCUCCCCGGACUCCUUUCCUGGAUCAUCUUGUAUUACCGAUAUCUUCCCAUGGAGGAUUUUACGGGGAAUCACGACUAAUAUACUUUCCUGAGGGAAAAUGUAAAAGACGCACGGACUUCGGGAAUCCUUUUUGAUCCUGUUACUGUGUUCACGGUGUUGCUGGUGUACUCAUCCCAAUAUUCUCUAUAAGUCUCAUCCGCCGCGGUGCACGAAGCGGCGCUCUGGUCGGCCAGGCCAGUGCCGCCGCCCUCGAGGGCUUCGAGGCGGAUGUGGGUCCCACUCUGCCACCUCGGAGGGUCCAGAUCGAUGUGGCAGAGUGACAGAGUCUGAGAGGCUCUUGCGGGGGCUACGAUUCUCUCUUCCUCACUAAAUUGUGUGUCAGUCAGUGUUACCUGACGAGCGGAACGGUCUUGUUCCUUCCCCUGGGUUACCUAACUAAACUAAGCGGGUCGUUGAGCUGCUAUCCUCAUUGUAGCUGGAGGAGGGGCGGGCGGGGGCAGGGUCGGGCCGGGCCGCACCGCGGAGGGCUGGGCAGGCCGGGUCCAGGUGCCGCCCGGCCGCAUGCCCACGACCGCCCGCCCUCUAGGUAACAUGCACAACGGGCCUUGGCAAACAGUGCUGCUGGAUGCCACUUUGGAGCUCCACUGCCCAUAAACUUCAGUGUCAAGCACAGUCUGUGUUCUCCCUGCAUGUGUCUUUCUUGCUUCUGAGGACGAUGUCUAUGUCACUGUACAUUCCAUUUCAUUAUAUUUGUUCAUGGCAUGUAAACAAUACAAAUUGUUGUUGACCUUCAAAUACAUCAUGUUAUUUGAAAGACC